UCUAUUUCUUCUUCUUGUUUUCUUUCAUUUUUUGUUGGAAAUAUAAGUUAAUUGGGCAUUACCAAGGCCUGAAUUUGGCUGGAUCUUGAUUGAAUGCUUUUCCUUUCUUGCAUUGACAUACAUCAGUGUAAAUUUAUGAAUAUUAUGGAUUUUUAGGUAUUGGGUUGUUUGAUUUGGCUCAACUAUCAGUAGGGUUUUGUUGCUUUGUUCUGGAGAUUUUGUGCCGAUCCCCAAAGUUGACACUUUUGAAAAACUUAAUAUUUUCUACUGCCAUGUAAAAGGAUUCCUCUGCUUGGCUUCUCUUUACAUUGUUAGUUGGACAAAUUUGAAUCAAGAAAUGGGUCUCUCUAGCCUUCCUGCUCCAUCUGAAGGAGUUCUAUGUGUAUUGCUGGUAAACACUGCACUGUCUAUCUCAAUAGUUAAAGCCAUAGUCCGAUCAAUCCUUCACGUUGUGGGCAUCCGUCUCUCCUCAUCGUCACAAUCACCUCCUCCAUCAGAUUACCCUGCAAGCCUUGUAGAACCAAUUGGGUUUUGUAUGAGUUCCUCUUCUGAUAGUUAUGUUGAGGAGUUUCGGAGUAUGAACCCAGCAGUUCGAUUUGACUCUGUUUGUAGUUGCAGGUGGCCUGAACAUGAAUGCUCGGUUUGCUUGAAUCAAUUUGAUCCGGAAUCGGAAAUAAACCGGCUGUCGUGUGGCCAUUUCUUUCAUAAGGUUUGUCUGGAGAGGUGGUUGAAUUACUCCAACAUUACAUGCCCUAUGUGCAGGACUCCUUUGAUGCCCGAGCUAGAGCCGUCUUGCUUUUGGUGAAACGUUUAGGACCUCGGAGUCUGAUGAAAUUCUCCUUGUACAGAAUGUAGUGUACAUAUGUUCACAUGAAUGAAUCCGUUAUGGGGGUAUGUUUAUGCCCGAGUUUACGCUUGAUGUAUUGACGGGUGCCCCUGAUAGAUCAAGAUUGUGUGUACAUAUUUUGAGGUAUAUAAUCCUUCUGGAUCUGACUUUGUUCAUAAACAUCCAUGUUAAUGUGUUGGAAAUGAAUACUGCGAAUCACACUGAAAAUAUAGCUACCAGGAUCUUUCCAUUUGAUGGUA